CAGCGCGACGAAGAGACGCAGAAAGAGGCGGAGCGUGGAAAUCGGAGCUCGGCGAGCCGGCCCGCUGAGGCGGUGGAGGAGCGAGUGAGGGAACCGAGAGCGUGGCGGUGCUGGGGGAUCCUCUGCGGCUGUCCGGAGCGCCAGGAGACAGCGGCCUGGCCGGAAGGGUUUGCCAAAAUGCUUUCAGAGUCUUAAAUUACUCCAGGCCAGAAGUCUUUGGGAUUAAGCCAUCCUACAAACAGCAAGGAGGACACGGUGCCAAUGCAGCAACAAAAAAGACAGCCAGAGUUAGUGGAAGGACAUCUUCCUGUCUUCGUGUUCCCCACUGAGCUCAUAUUUUAUGCUGAUGACCAAUCCACACACAAACAAGUGUUGACGCUCUAUAAUCCCUAUGAAUUUGCCUUAAAAUUCAAAGUUCUUUGUACAACUCCGAAUAAAUAUGUUGUUGUGGAUCCGGCGGGUGCAGUGAAACCCCAGUGCUGUGUCGAUAUAGUGAUUCGUCACCGAGAUGUUCGACCUUGCCACUAUGGUGUGAUAGACAAAUUUCGGCUCCAGGUCUCUGAGCAAAGCCAGAGGAAAGCACUGGGAAGAAAAGAAGUAAUUGCUACCCUACUUCCCACAUCAAAAGAGCAGCAGCAGAAGGAAGAGGAAGAAACACGGCUAAAAGAACAUCUGACCGAAAGUGUCUUUUUUGAACAGCCGCUGUGUCAGCCAGAAAACAGAAUCGCCUCAUCAGGGCCUAGUUUACUCACGGUCUUCCUGGGAAUAGUGUGCAUUGCAGCUCUUAUGCUUCCCACAUUGGGAGAAGUGGAUUCCCUGGUGCCUCUCUACCUCCAUUUAAGUGUGAAUCAAAAGCUAGCAGCUGCUUAUGUAUUAGGUCUCAUCACCAUGGUUAUCCUGAAAACAUGAGUGACAACUUAACUGGAUGUCGAGAUUCUUUUUUAUCUGAAUGAUAGAUUCACAUCACGAGUGUAGACUGCCUUUGGCCCCCAUUUGGCUCAUUGAGAUGCUGCAGAAAAGUGAUUCAAUGACUUACAGUACCUUUUUUUUAGACUAUGUUUUAACUAUGUCUGACUGAAAAGACUUCAGCACUCAGGUGCUUCUGUUACAGACAGCUAUAAAGUAUCCAGUAAUGAUACCUGUGAAAUGAAUCCAGAGAAACUUUUAUAUCUAUGCCUACUGUACAAAAAUUUAUUCAAGUCAUACGCUGUUUUUUUUAAAUUCCUCAUCACAUCUGUGUUGGAUCACCAUAAGAGCUAGCCGUCCUUUCUGCAAUGUUUGUUUGUCCACACCAUGCCUGUAAAAAUUGUAGUUAGUGCUAAAUGAUUUUAUGUACAGAUACAAACGCAGAUGGCUGAACAUCGUACAAAGCUGAUAAUCUGACAGUGAUCACUUUAGGCAAACAAAAGCAGUAUCAUGUUUACAUAAGGAACCAGUCUGUGCAUACAUCCUUCACCAGUGUGGGGCACAGGGCUUUUACUCAUCUGUGGUAUCCAUUUCUGUCAAAUAUAAUUGCCUCAAUACCAACAUAUUGAUGCGUUCCUUGAUUAUUUUUAGCAAGGGAGAGCUUGGUACAGAAUCCUCUCCAUUGGGAUGGAAACUCACAUUCCCAUUUGGUACUAUCUACCUGAUUAUGUAUACAUUUUACAGCAACAGAAACAAAGACUCUGUCAACAUGUAUAUAAUUAAAGAUGUGCUUAAUCUCCUUGUUUUGCAAGAAACUGAUGUUAGGGAUUUAUUGCUACAGUUUGUAUACUUUUCUCUUGCAUUAUCUUCCAUGGAAAAGAGUUACUGUCAAUUGGCACUCUCUGGUAGACCUACUUUGUCUGGUUUGAAAGAAGCACUGUCCUGUUUCCUUCCCUGGACCUGAUUACUACUGUAUUCGACUCUUUCAUUCUCAUCCAUCAAUGUUUUUUAAAGGUCUGAUGCACUUUGAUCUGUGUAAGGAAUGUUUUAGAAAAUUAAACCUUUGCCCCUA